AUGACGCACGAGGAAGGAGCCACCCCUGAGUUGCUAGAUGUUCUCGUCGGCAAUCGCCACCGGUCGUACAUGUCUGCCGUCCGUGGCAUCAGCUUAGGGACGUUUCGGGCUCGUGUGCCCAUGUCGACGAUGCCGAUACACCGUCGCUGGGUUCCUAGGUUACGCGCUUCAGGUCUUCUCCCGAUUGCGCGACUUGUGGAGGGAGAUAUGGCCGACCCUGCACGUCGACCUAGGGACAGGGAUCCACGGUUCCAGUUCGACAUGUCCCUCCUCGCGGCACUUCUCGACCGUUGGCGUCCGGAGACGCACACGUUUCACCUCCCGGUCGGUGAGAUGACCCCUACUCUUCAGGACGUGGCGAUGCUUCUAGGCUUGCCGUGUGCUGGACGAGCUGUGGGUGCAGAGGACGUGGGACUCUCGUGGCGCGACGACCUUUUGGCUCGAUUCGCCGGGGUUCAGCGCAACGAGCUAGCGUUGCCGUACCGGCCCUUGCCUGCGAACCACGCACACGGACCGACAAAGAGGUGGCUCCUACAGUUCAGUGUGGACUACAUGAGGGCAGACGCAGACGACUUUACGGUUGCCAGGCACUUCGAGGCCUACUUACUGUGGCUGUUCGGCUGGGUCAUGUUCUGCAGCUCGCAGGGUGGCUCAUGCCCCAAACAGCUCAUUCCUUUGGCGAGGUCGAUAGCUGAUGCUCCACUUCACGAGAUGCCACAGUUCAGCUGGGGUUCUGCUGUUUUGGCUGCGAGUUACAGGGCUCUGGUCUUACGAGCGCUUUCCCGUCGGUAG